UCUGCUGAGCAGUGAUCUCUAAUGUCUCUAAAGCUUUUUGGUUUUAAUCUAAACACUAAAGUCAUAAGUGCUUUCCUAAGCAAUGUCUUACUUCUGUAUAGCUACAUGAAAACGUAAAUUCCACGCAGAGGUUUGAAAUGGAGCGUUUAUUAAUUAACAGCCUUAGACAGACACAGUGAUGGUGCAGUAAAACAGGCGGCUCAGUGUGUUCCGUUUGCGCCAAGCAAGGGUUGUUUUUUUGACUGACAGCUUCCACGUCCAAUCAGCGCCUCUGAAAACGAGCACGUGACCCGUAGGGCGGUUCAGCAUGCACACACUGCGAAGAGAACGGCUAGAGAAAAAAGAUACAAUCCCCCACUCCCGGCGUUUAUAUAAUCGCCUAAAUGUUUGAAACAGGUCGCAAAUUGUUCGUGUUGAUCUCUUAAUUCGGCAGAAAACCGCGUUGAAGAGGCUCUAACGGUCCUGCAGGUGCUGGAGAGACCGCAGCAUGAGGGAUUGUCCAGGCGCUAACACGCGACACACACAGAGAGAGAGAGAGAUUGUCCGGUCGUCAUGUUGCUGUGGAGCCGUCUCGGAUAUGAUACCACUCUAAAAAUUCCUCUAUGACUUUCUCAAUUCCUCUGUGGCACUACACUGGCAGGAUUCAGUUCCUCGUUUAAAUAAUCAGAGCACACCUUUCCCGAGACAGAAGUAUAGACAAAAAGACAUUAGUACAAAAACCUGCACUGAUCAUGAGUGAGCAGCAAGAAGAGUAUGUGGAGCAUCAGUACAUGUGCAGUGAGUGCCAGCAGCUCUUCAAUACUCUGGAGGAGGUGCUGAUACACCAACAGGUGCACACUGGUGCAGAAGUAGAAGACCUAGUGGCCAUUUCCAGCAAUGAGGACACCAGGGACAGUCAGUACCAGUGUCUGGAAUGUGGCGCCCUUCUCAGGAACUCGGAGGAACUGCUGCUCCAUCAAGAGCUGCACAUGAGGGAGGCAGGCCUGGAUGCGGAACAUGAGCUUUGUGAGGUGGCAGAAACAGACGCGGCAGUUGCAGCAGUUCCGAUCCACUACCAGUGCCUGGAGUGUCUGGCCCUCUUCGACACGGCCGAAUUGUGGAUGGCACACAGGCAGACGCACAAGAUCAGCACACACAGCGACAUGGCUGACACUGAUUAUGUUCUACAGCCAGAUGGUUCAGUCACUCCUGUGGCCAAAGUGCAAAAUCUGGUGCUAGAUGAACAGAGAGCCGGAGAGAUCCUAACGUUAGCCCAGGCUCUUCGAGAGCAGCAGUCUCCGCCCAAACCUAUGGCUCCAUCCAGAACUACUCUUCUUCCCAUCACCCAGUCCCUGCCUGGCUCCACUUCUGCCAUGCUCCGCCUCCAGUUCUGCUCUGCCCAAGCCAUUGCAGAUGGCUCCGCCUCAACAACCAUUCGCAAAGCCAAGCUCCUCCCUCCACUUCUCCCUUCUGAGCCAAUCAGGCUUGAGAACGGCAUUACUACGCUCAACCUUCUCCCCACUGUUGAACAUGCAGACUUGGGGAAGCACACAGAGGAAGAGGUGUUAAUCAUUCAUCCAUACGAGUGCUCAGAAUGCAACCUGCUGUUCAGCACUCCAGAAGAUUUCCUUCACCAUCAGGGAGAGCACUUUCUGGCUCAGGACAAAGAGAGUGGGGGCACUGGGGUCAUGUUAGGCUACGAAGACGGAGCUAGAGUGAGGGAAGAUGAAGGAAGGAAAGGUGACGUGAGAGAGGAGGGGAGUAAGGCAGAGCAGGGGAAAGGCCAGGGAGGAAGGCGUUCGUACACGGCCCGGUUAGCAGGUCUCGGAGUGAAUUCAUCCAUUUCAUCUGCUAACAUGCGAUGUGAAGAGUGCAAGAGAACUUUCACCACAGCCAAUCGGCUGGCAGCACAUCUCAGAGUGCAUGAGCAGGGAACACAUGAAUGCCCUGAGUGCGACAAGGUGUUCAAGAAGGUGGGAUCACUGCAAACACACAUGCGCACACACUCCGGGGAGGCCCGCUUCCUGUGUGUGGACUGUGGGCACAGCUUCACUACAGAAAUGACCCUCAUCAUACACAGGAAGUCCCAUACAUCUGAGCCUCUCCACAGGUGCCCUUUCUGUGCCAAAACCUUCACCAAUAUGACCAAGUUUCUUUACCAUCGCCGUACUCACACUAACCGUGAACCAGUCAGCACUGCCUCCACAGUUACACUGACUCAGCGGAUGCCUCUAUCUAUUAUGCAAAGGGCAAGAGAACGAGAGGCUGUGUGGAGAAAACAGAAACAGGCGGCACUUAUGGCACCUGUAAGUGCAGAAAUGGACACGGGUGAGAGCAUUCUGGAGGCCGCAGCUUCUCUCUCUCAGGCUGCUGUAACAGAGAAUGGCGUGGACUCUAAGGAUCCUAACACAGAAGAAGCACAAAAGCAACAGGAAAAUCCAGACAACAGUCUAAACAUGGACAUUAUGGAGGAUUCUGACAAAUGGCAGGCUCCCAUUACGGAAGACGAUAUAAAGUUCCCUUGCUCUACUUGCAAUAAAACCUUCAGUUCCCAUAUCCGUUUGUUAAGUCACCGCCGAUCAGCGCACUCCAGCGAGCGCCGCUUCAAGUGCAACGUAUGUGGAAAGCCUUUCAAGAAGCAGAUCCAUUUGCGGAACCAUCUGCGCACGCACACAGGCGAGCGUCCGUUCCAGUGCAGUGUGUGCGGCAAGACCUUCUCUUCACUGGCCAACCUCACUCGCCACGGCCUGACCCACACCGGGGUGCGGCCAUACCGCUGUGAUGUAUGCCACAGGGCUUUCACACAGUCCUCUAACCUGCGCCAGCACCGCCUGCUCCACAGUAACCCCACUCCCUCAGCUUGCCCGGACUGCUCGGCCAAAUUCAUCCGGCCAGCGAAGCUUGUAGCGCAUAGAUUCCUUCACCAUCCAGGAGCACCAGCGCCAUACCCCUGCCCGCAUUGCCCUGAAGGGUUCUUGCGCAAGAAGCAAAGGGAUUUGCACUGCCUGGAGGAACACCCCAACUUGAAACAAUCUUUUACAGAAGCUACUAAUGAAUCAGGGCUUAAAGGUCAAGCAUCUAUUGAGGGUGUAGAGCAAGCUGCUCCUCCAGUCCCGAAGCCAAACUUGGACUGCACCAUUUGUGGGAAGCGCCUGAACUCAGCUGCUAACUUGCGCCUCCAUCAGUUGAGCCAUGGACUGGGACCCGGCCGCCCACGUGGCUCCAGCUCAUCCUCUGGGAAAUCGCACCCAUGCCCUGUGUGUGGGAAGUUGUUUGUUUCAGCAUCAAGCGUCACGCUGCACCAGCGCGUUCACACAGGUGAGAGGCCGUACCCUUGUGCUGUCUGUGGCAAGCGCUUCCGACAGAACACCCACCUGCGUGAGCACCUGCGCACGCACUCAGGUGAGCGGCCGUUUCGCUGUGAGUUCUGCAGUAAGGGUUUUGUGCAGAGUAUGCAUCUGGUCGAGCACAGACGAACACACACUGGGGAAAGGCCCCACACAUGUGCAGAAUGCGGAAAGACCUUCAAGACCAUCUCGAACCUGAGGAACCAUCGCAAGACUCACAACAAGGCACAACAAGAAACAGAGCAAGGCAAAGAUGCUAAACUGGAGACCACCAUGGAGAGCAACCUUGCGACACUUGCUGUGGUGAAUGCCUCAGACGGGAACCUUUGCCAACAGGGUGUCCAGCUGGGGCAGCCACAACUCAUACAGAUCCAGACUUCUGGUCUGGAGCAGACUCAAGGCACUCCCACCAUCAUGUGUAAUGAAUUUGGAGAAGCAAUAGCAAUCAUCGAGACGAGUGGCGAUCUGGCAGAGGCUAUAGAGCUUUACCACACAGCGCUGGAAGGUGGGAUUAACAUGGACACCAUCACUCUGGACAACCUGCAACUUAUGUGAAUCAGCAAGAGCAGUUCAUUAGAGUCUGAGACCAUAUUGUGGGACACCUAAGAGUAAGGACAGAAUGGUAAUUAAGAAUUGAUUUGAUCGACAAGGUAUUAGUGGGGAAACUGCCUCACUCUGGCAGUUAGCAUUGAUCUUAAGGAUAAAAAGGAGCCUAGAGUGAUUAAAUGACAGUGUUUCAGAGAGUGUUAGUCUGAGUUUCUGAUGGAUUUCGGCUUGUGAUUAACAAUGCCGAACAUCUUCAGUUUCGAGAGACUGAAGAUACCAAAACUGAAGAUGAGUGGGACUGUGAAUAACAGUAUAUGGUGGCCCUUGUUGCACCACAUAAAGACGAAUAUAGCAGCAGGAUUUGACUGCCUCUUUUUCAGGACAAUACAUCAUUAUGGGGCACAUUCCUUGAAAAGAACUUUUACUUUAAAAGGAUGGAUGUGAACAGGAAACCACGACCACAAGGGAAAAUGUCUUAACAGAUGCAAGCACUCACUUCAGGCACUGUGAUGAGGUAAAGCAUAAUGGAGACAGAUGAGGAGUGCUUGUGUUGCUUAACCUGAUUUUAAAAGUUCACCUCUCCAGGUCCAUAAGUGUCUGUUGAAUAUGUUCUUAUAUUUUUUUUUUUUACUGUACAAUCUGGAAUGUCAAAGACUCUUGUAAAUAAAAAUUUACAGUUUGUCUCAUUGUUGUAAUGGUGUUUCUGUGGCUUGAGAAGUGGAGCUCUAGAUUCAGGUUCAACAGUGUGGUCAUAAGGAAAUCGUCGUGGAGUUUUUAUAUAUAAAAUCAGCUCCAUAAGACCAGCUCUAUCCACAACAGUUAUACACUAUGUGACCAAAAGUAUGUGGAUACCUGACCAUCACCCUCGUAUGUAGGCCUUCCUUAAACCUUUGCCACAAAGUUGGUGGCAUAUGAUUAUCCAGAAUGUCUCUGUAUGCUGUAGCAAUAUGAUUUCCCUUCACUGGAUCUAAAGGGCCCAACCCUGUUCCAGCAUGACAAUGCCCCUGAGCACAAAGUAAGGUCCACAAAGAAAUGCUUUGACAAAGUUAGAUGGAAGAACUCGAGUGGCCUGCACAGAGCCCUGGCCUUAACCUCACUGAACACCUUUGGCAUGAACUGAAAUGCAGAGAGUACCCCAGACCUCCUCACCCCACAUCAGUGCCCAACCUCACUAAUGCUUUUGUGGUCAUAAAAUCCCCAGAGCCAU